AUCAACAGAGGAUAGUCCCUUGUCUGAACCCCAAAAAAGCAGAAACCUUCGCUAAUAUAAAAGGACAAAGGCCCCAUUUUUAAUGCUGCCAUUUCUGCUUCUGAUAUAAAGGAAGUUGCUUUUUUAAGUACACGAGAAGGAGAGAACGCCAAGAGAGAAAGGGAACCCUAGUUGAGUGUUGAGUUUUGAGAUGGGUGAUUUGGAGAGACAAGUGGUGGACGGAAAGGUGGUUGCGGUGGAUGUGGAGGAGCAAGAGAAGGAUAGGCUUAUGGAGGAAAUGACUGUGUUGGAUUUUGAUAUACUGUGUUCGACGGUGGCGUUGCAGACACAAGGGAAAUGGAGGAAACUUGAAACUGAAGAUUUUGAUGCUAAUGGUGCUAGUGGAGGUGUUUUUAGGAUGUGGGAAGGUGAAGUCCUUGAUUGCUUCGAUGAUCGCCGCAUCGCCAUUGAAUCCCUGUGUUGUCCAUGCUACAGAUUUGGGAAGAACAUGGGACGAGCUGGUUUUGGUUCUUGCUUUCUCCAGGGAACUGUUUAUUACAUUCUUGCUCUUAGUGCCCUUCUCAACUUUAUUGCCUUCAUCAUCACAAAGCGGCGUUGCUUUCUGUAUUUGGCUGUUGCUUUUGCUAUUUCAAUGGGGAUAUAUUUGGGUAUCUUCCGCACACGGAUGAGAAAGAAAUUUAAUAUCAGGGAUAAUGAUAGUUCCUUUGAUGACUGCAUAUACCAUACUUUCUGCUCCUGCUGUGCAUUGUCUCAGGAGUCCAGAACGCUGGAGAUGAACAAUGUCCAAGAUGGCACUUGGCAUGGUCGCGGUGACACAAUAUGCAUAGGUAGUUAUAGUGAAGGAAACAUGGCAAACUAUGAACUUCACCCGGCUGCUAUCAUCUCAGCCAAUUCCUCUGAUAUUGGUGGCUGACCAUUCUCGACUUUCGGAAGUUUGGUCUUGUGGAUACCUUGAUCCUCAGUCUUGAUCCUGGCUACAUUACAUGAUAUUUGCUUUCAGCUCGAUUGUUUUCAAAAAGGGAGGGAUGAACUGCAGGACAGCUGGGACUAACUUACAAGAUUAUCUAUCAAACUGUCAUAACCUUCGCGGUUCUAUUGUGGCCACUGAUUCUUUUGAUCAGGAAAAAUGACCUAUUCUGAAGUAUUUGAUGGUGAAGAUGUUUGCUGUCCAUGUGUUCUGCAGAGAUCGUAUGUGUAAAUAUAAAAAUAAUUUAAAAAAAAUCAAUAUUAGGAAAUUUGGAAGCAUUUCAGUAUUAGAGAAACAUGUUCAAACUUCCCCAGAAGUUCUCAGUCCCAACGAGUAAAGCUCUGCCACUAGCCACCGAGUCGUUGCUGCUCA